AUGUUAUUCAAAUCACAAUUUGGAGAAGAUAAAAGAAGAUUUAGGAUAAAGGAACCUAGCUUUCCUUGUCUUUGCUAUACCAUUUCAUCAUUGUAUUGCUUUGACAACAAUGAUUUCAUAUAUACCAUUUUCUAUUUGGACGAUGAAAAUGAAUGGAUCACUCUAUCUUCAACAGAAGAUUUAAAAGAAGCUUUCACAAUUUCUCCAAAAAUAGUUAGAUUACUUGUAAAUAAAUUAGAUUCACCAAAUAAAUUAAAAUAUAAUAAUAAUAAUAACCAAAAUCAAAAUACUAAUCAACAAUCACAACAACAACAACAAAAUAAUGGAUCAACAUCAUCAUUUACAAUUGAAAAUAUUGCAAUGAAUAUAUUAUCAAAUCAAAAAUUAAUGUUUGGAAUCAAUUCUUUGAUUAGUCAAUCAUUGACUGACAAUCUACCACAAAUAAUCAAUUCAACCGUUCCAUAUGCCAUUCCAUUAUUGGUAUCCUCAAUAUCUACUUUGAAAAAUGAACAACAAAAUGAAAAUGAUGAUAAUAUCGACAACAAAUCUUUGGAUACUAAACAAGUUUUGGAAAAUAAUAAUAAUAAUAAUGAUAAUAAUAUCAACAAAACAACAACACUUGCAAGUAAUGUUUCUUUUGUACCAUUUACUUGUACAGAGGAGAAAUGGUUGAAUAUCGAUUUACCAACUUCUUCCAUUGUCACAUCGGCAUCAUCCACCUCGAUAUCAUCAGCGUGUUCUUCAGCGUGUUCGUCUGCUUCCAAUAGCGCUAUUCUACCACCACUCACAAGCAAUAGUACUAUGGUCAAACCAAUCGCUACACCAUCCACCACUACCACCACCAUACCUGGUAAUAAUAUGGGAAUGUCACUCCACAUGACCAUGCCAUCCAAUUUAUCGGCAUUAUCACAAUCAUUGCCAUCGUUUGCCUACUCACUUCCACCACCUCCGUCUGCUACACCAGACAUUUUCUAUGUUCCCAAUUCACCAACUUUGAAGGACUCUAAAGAUGAUAUUCCUCAACAACCUCAACCUCAACCUCAGCAACCACAACCUCAACAAUCUGCCGCUGCAAGAAAAACAUCUUCACCUUUACCAUUUUUAUUUGGAAGUGGCAGCAGCAGUAAUAGUAGUAAUAGUGGAAACAAUAGUAACAACAACACACCAACCAAAGCAACUGCAGUGAGUGAAUUGUCAGAGUCAAAUGGGUUCCGACCAAUCUCACCAGUUACAACUGAAUUGAGUGAAUCUGGUGCAAUUAAAAAGAGAACCUUAAAAGGUUUCUUUUCAUCCAUUUUAAAUAGUAAUAAUAAUAAUAACAAUAAUAAUAAUAAUAAUAAUAAUAAUAGUAAUGAAUUAACAUCAUCAAAGAUGAUUUUCCCGCCAUCAUCUUCACCAAUUACAAUUAAUCCAUUAUCAUCUUCAACUAGUUUAAAUAAUAAUAGUAGUAGUAGUAAUAGUUCCACUUCACCAACCAAACAACAAGGAUCAUCUGAUAGUAGUAGUGGUAUAUCACCAACUCAAAUGACCAAUAUUACUACUACCAAUCCAUAUAUCACUGCCACAGCCGACACUAUCGAACAAUUAUCGUAG